GAUUUAUCUCCGGUUUAGACAAUACCUUCAAGAUGGCAGCCUCCAUGUGAUGAAUGUCAAGUUCAAUAAAUAUUUACGUAUAUCAAAUAAAAUUAUAAAGUGACCGUUUUGAACUAUAACUCAGUACACUAAGAAAUCAUUUCCAGCAAUGUAUAAGUCAGUUUUUCUGCGCAACAGACCUUUUGCUUCAAGGUUGUAUCAUUCUAGCGGGCAGUUAAAAUCACUGGCAAAGGGAAAUGUGAAGACAAAGUCUGUCCUUGAGGUAGCAAGAGCCCUGCAGCCUGGGACAAAACUACAUGGAUACACUGUAGAGAAGGUUGAGGAUGUUCCCGAGUUAUUUCUAACUACAGUAUCGCUAAACCAUGACCGGACUGGAGCGAAACACCUUCAUGUGGCGAGGGAGGAUAACAACAAUGUAUUCAGUGUGGCAUUUAGGACAACACCUAUGGACAGUACGGGUGUUCCGCAUAUUUUAGAACACACUGUACUCUGUGGAUCUAAGAAAUUCCCUGUCAGGGACCCUUUCUUCAAAAUGUUAAACAGAUCUUUAGCAACAUUCAUGAAUGCUUUGACAGCAAGUGAUUGGACUAUGUACCCAUUUUCUACACAGAACAGACAAGAUUACAACAAUCUUCUGUCUAUAUACCUUGAUGCCGUAUUCUACCCACAGUUACGUGAGCUUGAUUUCAGCCAAGAAGGCUGGAGACUAGAACAUGAAAACUUACAGGAUGAUAACUCGCCGAUCAACUUCAAGGGAGUGGUUUAUAAUGAGAUGAAAGGUGUUUUUUCUAAUCAACAGAAUAUAUUUGCGGAGGCGGUACAGAACAAGUUACUACCCAACCACACUUACGGCGUUGUCUCGGGUGGUGAUCCAGAGUACAUUCCAGAUUUAACAUGGGAACAUCUGAAAAACUUCCACAAAACACACUACCAUCCUAGCAAUGCAAGGUUUUUCACUUAUGGGAAUUUCCCACUUGAGGACCAUCUACAGUAUAUCAAUGAAAACUACCUCAGUCAAUUUAGUAAGAUUGAAGCAGAUACUGCUGUACCUGCUGAACCAAGAUGGACUAGUCCGAAAGAGGCGAGUGUUACAUGUCAGCCGGAUACAAUGGCCCCAGAUCCAGAUAAACAGACAACAGUGGCUGUAAACUUCCUUCUGUCAGACAUAACAGAUAUUGAGGAAGGUACGACAUUGAAUAUAAUUUCAAAUUUGCUGACAGAUGGAGAAACAUCACCAUUCUAUCAAGCCCUGCUUGAGGCAAACAUCGGGUCAGAUUACUCACCAGUCAUUGGGUAUAAUGGGUACACAAAAGAAAGUUCAUUCUCAGUUGGUUUACAAGGAAUACACAAGGAUGAUGUGGACAAGGUGAAACAGAUUAUCUCAGAGACUAUAGAUAAAGUUAUAGAAGAGGGUUUUGAGCAGUCAAGAAUUGAUGCGCUGUUACACAGGAUUGAACUUGGCACAAAACAUCAGACUAGCAACUUUGGUCUGGGCUUAGUAAUGUCUGUUGCAUCAAUGUGGAACCAUGAUGGUGAUGCGUCCGAGAUGUUGCGGGUGAACAACCAGAUGGAGCUGUUCAAAAAGAAAUUGCAAAAUGACCCAAAAUACUUGCAGAAGAAAGUUAAGGAAUAUUUCAAGGACAACUCUCACAGACUUACAUUAGUGAUGAGCCCUGAGGAAGAAUUUGAGGAGAAAAGGAGAGCGAAAGAACAGGAAAAACUUCAGAACUGUAUACAGAACCUCAGUGCCCAAGAUAAAACAAAAAUUUUCCAGUUAGGACAAGAGUUACAGGAGACCCAGAAUCGUACCGAAGAUCUGACGUGCUUGCCGUGUAUCAAGCUGAGUGAGAUUGAUAAGGAAAUCAAGUUGGAACCCACGGAACAAACAGAAUUUGAUGGCAUUCCGGUGCAGUACAGUGCUCAGCCAACAAAUGAAGUGACAUAUAUAAAAAUGGUGUCAUUUCUGGACCAGGUGCCCAUGGAAAUGAAGGUUUAUGUGCCACUGUUCACUAAUGUGAUCACAAAGAUGGGAGCCGGUAUUUAUGACUUCAAGGAGCUGUCACAUCAGGCAGAGUUAUACACAGGGGGUCUCAGUGCUGGAACUCUUGUGUCCCAAGAUCCCACAGACCCCCUCGACUUUGACCAGGGUGUAGUGUUUUCAUCUUACUGUCUAGAAAGAAACUUUGAUAAAACAUUAGAUCUAUGGACAGAGAUAUUUGACAGAUCAAAUUUACGAGACAGUAAUCGCUUACAGACCCUGAUUAAAAUGUCUGCGGCAGAUUUGGCGGCAAGUUUAUCUAAUGCAGGCCAUAAUUAUGCCAUGAUGCAUUCUGCAUCAUCACUGACACCAGCUUCACAGCUGAGUGAAAUGUUCGACGGUGUCUCUCAGGUAUCUGUGAUGAAGAGGAUUGCAGAGUUAGAAGACAAUUCUAAAAUCAUGGAGCAUCUGAUAGAACUGGGACAUGAAAUACUCAACAAAAAUAAUCUCAAAUUGUGUAUCAAUGCUACACCAGACUUCAUGCCAACUGCGCUGGAAAAAGUGGAACAGUUUAUUGAAACAUUACACAGUGACAGGAAACCAGAACAUCAUUUUGUUAAACGACACACAACGCAUGUGACAAAAUUUGUAGCCACUAGUCAGAAGACUCAGAUAGAGCUACCCUUCUCUGUAAACUACAUGAGUAAAAGCAUUAAAACAGUUCCUUACACACACGUGGAUUUCGCUUCAUUGAGAAUAUUGUCAAGAUUGUUGUCAUGGAAAUUCCUUCAUAGAGAAAUACGUGAGAAAGGCGGGGCAUAUGGGGGCGGAGCUAACUGCACUAAUGGAGUCAUGAGUUUCUUCUCUUAUAGAGAUCCUAAUUCCAUGGAAACUUUGGAAGUGUUUGACAGGUCAAUACAAUGGGCAGCUAAUGGGGACUUUACAGAUACAGAUGUGGAAGAGGCCAAAAUAACAGUGUUUCAACAGACCGAUAAGCCAGUUCCACCUGGUCAGAUUGGUUCCACAUUAUUUCUCAACAAUAUUUCUGAUGGGAUGAGACAAGAAGCUAGGAACCAGUUGUUCAGUGUAACCAAAGAGAAUGUAAUAGAGGCAGCACAAAGGUAUUUGCUUCCUGAUAACAGGCCAUCUUCAUUAUCAUUCCUCGGCCCGGAAAAUGCAGAUGUAGCGGGUAACAAAGAGUGGAAAGUUAUCAAGGGGUGAUAUCCAGUGUUCUGCCUCCGUCCAGAGUGGAAAAUCGUCAGGGAGUGAUGUGUUUAGAAGGAUAUCAUUCUUUUGAUCUGAAAUAUGGAACUUGUGCAAAAUACGUUUUAAAGGUCUUGGAACUAUUUGUAUACAUUAAGGAUAAAUGUUGUUAAAAUACUUAUGUAUUGUGUAAAGUACAUAAAAUACAAUUGUUUUUUUAAGAUUUGUAAUUUUAAUUGAUAUAUAUUGUACUCAAUGGAUUAAAUCACUUAAAGGGGAAUAUAUAUGUGCGUAGAAAUAUUUUAAUAAAAAAGGUUAACUGGAGAAAAAAUGAUGAAAAUCAGACUACAAGCGAGUCAGUGGUGCAGUGGUUAGCAGGUUUGACUACAAUACCAGUGGUCAGGGUUCAGUUCCGUGUCACGGCUGAUAUCCCGCUGGGUGAUUUACUUAAAUCGAUACUGUUUCCAGCAAUAUCAGCCUAGACUGGAUGCUGUGGUGGUAAUAUAAAUGACGCCUGCUGUAGGCUUCGCUAGAAAUAAAUUGUUCCAUCCAUUCUGGGUGAGGAUUUCUUCGACUACCCAUGUUAAACAAGGACAUACCUUUUUACCUUUAUACAUACAAAAAGAUAUGGCAAUUUAAAUAUUAACAGUUUAGUGAAAAUGUCACCAUUUCGACAAAGUUACGUCAAUACAUCAUUCUUUCCUUAUAUUCGCAUUACCAAAUAUGGUAUUUAUGAAUACAGUUGAACAUGAAGCUUUUUCAAGGUUUACACUUUUACACAGACACUAUUAGUUUCAUAUUAUAUUAUGGCCGUCAAAAUGUGAUUCUAAUAGUUGUCAUAGGGGGCCUCCAUGACCGAGUGGUUAAGGUCGCUUGACUUUACAUCACUUGGCCCACACUGAUGUGGAUUCGAGUUUCACUCAGGCAGUUGAAUUCUUCAUGCGAGUAAGUCAUCCAGCUGGCUUAUGGAAGGUCCGUGCCUCUACCUGAGAGCUCCCCCAUGCUGAAAUAAAACACGGGAGGGGCACCUGGGGUCUUCCUCCACCAUUAAAGCUGGAAAUUCGCCAUAUGACCAAAAAUUGUGUGAGUGCAAUGUUAAACCCGGGAAACAAAAAAAAAACAUGGUUGUUAUUCACUUAUUUACCAUAUUUGGUAAUGCCCAUAUACGGAAAUGGCCAAAAUGGCUGCCUUUUCUUUAUAUAGAUGAUAUUCAGAUUGCUAUAUCCUUUUUGUUUUUAGUCCAAUUUUGAAAAUUUUUCCCUUAGUGUUAAUGUUUCACUGAGUUCUUUCUGUUACAAAAUCUUGCCAUUAUGUUGAAUAUUUCCCUUUAAAAUCAUUCUUAUUAUGUUGAUAUAUUGUCUGUAAAAACCACAUUUGAAAAAUAACCUGGAUUUAGUCAAAAAACUGCAUUUCGGAGACCUGAGUCUCUGAAUUUAGCUCAGUCAUUGGUUCUGAUUCUAAGUCUUGCCUCAGAAUUAACCAAUCAGAUACUAGAGUUUUGAGACUGGUCUACAAACUCAAUUCACAAGGCUUUUUAGCGUUAAGAUAGUUCUGCAUGUUUGGAUCAAUUUUUUCUCUACAGUGUAGAAUUUGAUUAAACCACCAUUUUCAAAACUUCAAAAUAUACUUAGAAAUUUUGGCAAAUAAAAAGGGUAGGGUAGUGUGCUUGAUACUUUGCUAGACUGAUUUGAAAAAUUUGGACCUCACACAAGUUUUCAUUGUGGGAGUCUAUGGGAAAAUCACCAUUUUGUUAACGUUUUUGCAUAGGAAUGUCCCAAGAUUUCAGCCACUGUUUCAGAUCUCUGAUACAGGAGAACAAAAUGCUGCCCCAUGUGGUUCUGGGACGAUCUGUGUAUGAAAAGAAUUGGAACCACUUCCUUACCCUUGCAUGAUCGUAAGAGGCGACUAAUAGGGUCUUAACACUUGGUUUUGCAGUAACUCCAGUGAUUCCAGCAGGUAUGCAAAUUUUGAUUCCAUACCUCAUGUUUUUAUUUCGAUUUAAAUGCGGUGUGGAACCAAAGUUUGUAGUCCUGUUUGGCGCCAUAUAACCUAUACUGUGUUGGUGCGCCGUAAAACCCAAAAAUAUUAAAUAAAUGUGCUUGUUUUCGUUUAUGCCUUUUGUCACAAAUUGGCAAAUAUUGCGUGUGAACUUCACAAUUUGAUGGAAAACCCUUGUUCAGAUAUAUACAAUAUAUGUUUAGUGGAGUUUAAGUAUCAGAGAUAUGUUUUUCUUUCUUCUUGAUACAUAGGAAUGUUCAACAGUUAGAAUGAAAUUAUUUUGUGAGCAUAUGAACAUUUUAAAUAAUUGAAUUAUGAAAUUGUGACUUCUAUUUUUUGUGUUGUACUACAAACUACCUCUUGCAUAAUAAUUAUAGUAUUAUUCUAAAACAAUCGUUGUUUUUCCUAUGUUGGAAUAAUUUUUAUUCAUACAGAAUUUGAUUUACAUGUAUAAUGCAUAUCAAAUAUUGAGGAAAACAUACAUAAAAAAGGAGUAAAAGCAGUGAAAACAAGUACUGAAUGUUCAUGAAAACCCAUGUAAAAAAACAUCAACAGCCCCAUGUGGUUCUGGGAAGAUCUGUGUAUGAAAAGAAUUAGAACCACUGCCUUACCCUUGCAUGAUCGUAAGAGGUGACUAAUAGUGUCAGAACACUUGGUUUUGCUGUAACUCUGUGAUUCUAGCAGGUAUAAAAGUUUUGAUUUCAUACCUCAUAGUUCUAUUUCGAUGUUAAUGAUGUGAAUUCAAAAUAUUAAGGCCUGUUUGGCACCAUUUAGCCUAUACUGUGUUGGUGUGCCGUAAAACCCAAAUCAAAUCAAAUUGAAAAAGUAACAUAAUGGGAAAUAAAUAUAUACAUGGUGUAGAGUAAGAACUGAAAUGACUUCAUUUCAAUCAUGCCAAAAGAACCAACAAUACAUUUCUAAUUCUUUGGUAAUGCAGGGAGUAGGUUCUUGGUAUUUAUCAAUGAUGUAAAGAGAAUUAAUGAAAUAAUAUAUAGAGAGAAAACAGUAUAAAAGGGGGAUAAUAAAUAGAGACUUAAUGUUUGGCAGUGCAUAUAUUAUUUUGACUAGAAAAACUGUAAAGUUUUAUUCCAACCGUGACAUGUGCAGUAGUUGAUGAUUUGGUGCAUUUUGAAACAGUAGAUGUAUUAAUGUUUAUAAGCUAUUAUAUUAUUUAUAAUGUUUAUAUUAACCAUGGAAAUUUUUAGUAGAGGGAUUUUUUUUUCUUUUUAUAUAAUUUAAUAUCUUUUUCAUUUAAAUGUAUAAUUUAUUGAAUUAAACCAAAAGUUAGCAUUGAUAAGGCAUUUGAAAAAGUAAUAUUUUGCAGAAAAAUAUCUUUUUAAAAAAAGACGCAAACUACAUGCAGUAGUAUUAUGCUUUUCUAUGCACAUGAACAAUUUUGAUUAAUUUUAUUCAAUUUUAUAUUGUUAUACUGUAGAGGUACAGUAAAACUAAAUAUUGUAUGAGGUAGUGGACUCGUAAUGAUGAUCGUCCAGUUACACAUUCUCGGUAUAUGAUAUCAGCAUUUUUUGGCAUUCUUGGUAAACCACAUGUACGGUCAGCCACAUUUACGUCCCGAAGAAUGCAGAAUUGCACAACGAAAGAGUGUAGUCAUACGGAAAUUCCCAAGCAUCAUUACGGGUCCAUUACCUUACUUAACAUUGUGCUUAUCGUAUUUGGUGCAUGUUUGGAAUUAAAACUUGUGGAUAGUA